AUGCCGCCAAACGCGAAUGCGAACACUGAAGAACAGCUGCCGAAGGAGUCGACGCCCAGUCUGGAAGUGGCCGGUCAAAAAGUAGAGGAAACCACGCAGCGUGAGGCAUUUCGUGAAUUAGCGCAUAAACUAAAAGAUCAGCAAGCGGAAAGUCAAAAAAUGUUCACAGAGGCAACCACUUGGACAUCUAAAACCACAUUAGAAGCCGAGGAAAAGCCCAUCACAACAGCUGUCUCCACCAUCCAGAAAAUUGACGAAAUGUUAACUGAGGUGAUUGCCGAGAAGACCAGCCUGCCCACAUGGGGUGUAGUGGCCAUCAUCAUAUUGGUAUUCCUCGUCGUCUUUGGUAUACUCUUCUUUUGUGUACGCCGUUUCUUGAAGAAGCGACGAACCAAAGAUGGUAAGGGUAAGAAGGGUGUCGAUAUGAAAUCGGUACAAUUAUUAGGAUUGGCGUAUAAAGAGAAAGUUCAGCCUGAUUUGGAGGAACUCACCGAAAAUGCCGAAGAAGGUAAUAUAAAAAAUACAGUAAAAGCACAGUGGAGCAUAGAAAACGCGAACGCCUAA